AAAAGCACACUUUGUUUUAGAAGAAUCCAAAAAAAGAAGCCUCUGGUAUUCCACGAUGCAUCGAAGGACAAAAAGAGACUCCUCUUCAUCCUAUGAUGGAAAAAUGGAACAUGAGACCCAAAAAUUACAACUCAAACGUGAACUUGGCCUGGUUAGUGCUGUGUCACUGAUAACUGGCACCAUGAUUGGUUCUGGUAUCUUCAUGUCUCCUCAGUGGGUCCUCCAUUACAUGGGCAGUCCUGGAGCCAGCCUGUUAAUAUGGGCAGCCUGUGGUGUUCUAUCGAUGUUAGGUGCCCUUUCCUAUGCUGAACUUGGCACUGUCAUUAGGGAAUCUGGAGGGGAGUACAUUUAUAUUUUACGGAAUGUUGGCACCUUACCAGCCUUCCUUAUGGCAUAUACAUCAAUCAUUGUGUUAAGACCAGCUAGCAUUGCUGCUAUCUCAAUUGGUUUUUCAGAAUAUGUGGUGGCUGCAUUCUACCAGGACUGCCCACUGCCUCAAGUAGCGGUGAAGUGCACAGCAGCUGCCUGUAUCCUCGUCCUGAGCAUCAUCAACUGCCUCAAUGUAAGGCUUUCUGCUUCUUUGAUGAACUUCUUCACAGCUGCCAAGUUGAUUGCCCUGUUGAUCAUAACUGUGGGUGGUAUGGUUUUCUUGGCCAAAGGAAACACUCAAGUCUUCCAGAAUGCCUUUGAAAAUACAGCUGUAGGAUUUGGUCCAGUUGGAGUGGCUUUUUAUCAAGGACUCUGGUCUUAUGAUGGAUGGAACAAUCUGAACCCUGUAAUAGAAGAACUGAAAAACCCAGAGGUGAGUCUCCCACGAGCGCUGAUGAUUUCUAUUCCACUAGUAACAUGCAUCUAUCUCCUGGUCAAUGUCAGCUAUUUUGCAGUGAUGACUCCACAGGAAUUUCUAUCUUCAGAUGCUGUGGCCAUCAGCUGGGGACUGAAGGUUCUGGGAAGCUGGACUUGGAUAAUGUCUCUAGGUGCGGCACUUUCUACUUUCGGCUCAGCAAAUGGAGUAUUCUUUAGCGGAGGACGCGUGUGCUUUGUGGCAGCCAGAGAGGGUCACUUGCCAAAUAUUCUCUCGAUGGUUCAUGUGAAACGGCUCACACCCUCCCCUGCCCUCAUCUUAACAUCUGCCAUCUCAUUAAUAAUGAUCAUUCCCUCUGAUUUCAGUACUAUUGUAAACUAUACCAGCUUUACAACCUGGCUUUUCUAUGGUACAACGAUUGCUGGCUUGAUAUAUAUGAAGAUUAAGAAGCCGGAUAUUCCCCGACCAUAUAAAGUUCCGAUCAUUAUCCCAGGGAUUGUACUUAUCGCCGCCAUAUACCUGGUCCUGGCACCGAUCAUCGACAGUCCUCAGCUGGAGUAUCUAUACGUUGUUCUCUUUAUCCUAAGCGGAGUUAUUGUUUACAUACCUGUGGUCCAUUAUAAAUGGUCCCCCAAAUGUUUCCGAUCCAUCACUCUUUAUCUGCAGCUGCUGCUGGAAGUUUCUCCAGCUGAGAAAAAUGACUGAGAAGAGGCCUGGAGACAUCUGCUGCCCCUUUGUGAGCAGAUAUCACAUCUUCCAGUUCCUCUGGACUGCUGAAGGUUUAUAUAAAAUACUUCUGUGACAAAUUCAAUAAUGUGAAAUAUAGAAAAUAGAAAUAGAAAAUAGAAAUUGUUCUUUAACUUGUUUCAUAUAAAAUGUAUUCUCUGUCUAGUUGACUUAUGAAUAUAUGCAUUCAAUGUAAAGAUUAGAACAUUUCUUUUUAUUGUUCUCACUCAUGUGUAAAAUAAAGCUUAGGUCAUCAUAACAAGGAUUUCUUUUGUUUCCAGAGAAGAGUGCCAGGACACACAUCACUAAAGAGCCAUACACAUGGGCCAAAUAUUGGGCAGCAUUGGCCGUUUUAAUAGAAACAGCCGGGCCAACUUUUGGAGAGGCAUGAUCAAAAAAGGUCUGUCAAAUUAGCACCCGAUCAACACUCUCAGCCAAUAGCUGAGAGCCCUG